AGCAUACGGCUCAAGCCAUGCGUAGCGCAGAGCCAGCUGAAGAAGUGAAGGAGGUGAAGGAUGCGAAGGAGGUGAAGGAAAAAGAUGCAAAGGAGGUGAAGGAAGUGAAGGAAACAAAGGAGCCCAAGAAGGCUCCCCUGCUCGAGAAUGACCUCACCGCCCCAAAGCAGAAGCCUCCUGAGAAAAAGAAGGAAACAAAGCCUGCUCCGAAGAAGCAGGACCCCACUUUGACAGACGAGGUGGUGACUCAAAUAGCACAAGCAAAAUAUGAGGCACAAGAAGACAAGCUGAAGGAUGUGGCACGCCAUUCCAUGGCGCUGAUCAGAGACUUCAACAAGAUGGAUGAGCAGGAUUUCUUUCGUAAGAUCGCUGACAUUCAGAGAUGUUUGGUGAAGUACGAGAUGCAAUACAUCCGGGCUUGGGAGAUUGAAGAAAAACGUCGGCAACGCGAAAUCGCUGACCUGGAAGCCAUGCGUUCACGCUUCCAGAAGGAAGGUGAAGCGGAAGAGAAACAAUUAGAAGGGCAACGCGAAGUCUUGCAGAAGGCCCAGGUAAAGCGAAAACGCUAUGAGGGCUAUGAAGCCUUGGCAGCCUCCGUGAACACCAAACGGCCGCAACAUGAUUCCAAGGAACUGAUCCACAAGUUGACCUUGGAGCUUCAGAAGAUGUCGCAGCAGCAGAAGCGCUUCAAUGAGAUGUCACAGCUUCGCGAUGAGCGGAGCCGAGUGCUUGCCAAAGCUGUUGAAGAGCUGGACAAGGACUUCCUGGCGGAGCAGGAAUUCCGAGAAGAGAAUUUUGGGCCGGACGAAACUGAGGCCAUUGACAACGGCAACGGAAUUGUGUGUGAGCAGCCGAACGGAGAACUUGUGGAACUGGUGUCCUGAGCAUGCUACUAUGACAAA